CGCAGUGUACAGGUGUGCAGAAAUUUGGAAGUCGCACCUUGUUUAUUCGAGAGAACUUACAGAAGAAAGAUGGCUGAUCAAGUUCAAGAAGAGAUUGUAAUGACCCCAACAAAGAAGGGCAAGACUACACAUAUAAGGAUUGAAAAGAAACGUAAAGAAGAAAUUGACACGUCGAUAGCAGAGCAUGUUGGAGAUGGUAAAGAUAAAGGAUUAGUAGUUAAUAAAAAAGCUCAAGGAGAUUUAGAUUCCUAUGGAAGACCACAGUUACAGAUAGGAUUUAACUGUUUCUUAGUUGAUCAGAAAACAGGGAAAAAACAUGUGGAGAGUAGAAGAUUAAAGUUUUGGUAUGUUGAUGGAACUGAUUAUUUGGAACAAGUUACUACAGCAUACAAAUUCUUUAAAGAACUUGUGAGACCACAGAAUUUUCCAAGGGAUUAUGUUGGUUUUAUUAAGAAAUGUAUGAAGCAGAUGAAAAAACCUGAUUAUAAGUUAGCUAAGAAUGUUGAUCUGGAGAUCCGGCUGCUCGAUGAUGAGGAAGCACCAAUGAGUCCAGGACCUUCUGAUGCUGAACAAUAUUUUGGUAUAAACAAGGAAGACAAGAGAUCUGAAGAAGAGAAAUUGAGGGAAAAACUGUUACAAAUACUUGAAUCAGCUUAUCCUAAUGUGUUGGAGGUAGAGGAUUUGAUCAGAAUAACAAAUGCUGAUCCAGCUAUGGUUACCCUACAGUUAGGAGAACUCAAGCAAAAAGAAUUAAUUGCUGAAAUGGAAGAUGGAAAGAAAGUUGUCAGACAUGUAUUACAUGACGACAAAACAGAGGUGCAACAUGUAAAACAGAUGCCAACCAUAGCAGCCAAUCAGCAGCCAACAAUUGCCAUAAUUACAGCAAAUUAUUCGGAAAAACUUGCAGUAGAUGCAAUGAUGGAACAGAAAACAACUUUUGUUAAAUUUAAAACAGAAGGUGAAUCCAAUGUAUAUACAAUUGGGUAUAUUGGUGAACACAAGGUAGUGUCUACAAAAUUACCUCAAAUAGGUUACCAUAGGGCAGCACAGAUCUCAUCAGGAAACACGACCACAAGGUUAUUAGGAUCAUUCCAAAAUAUAGAGCAUGUGUUUGUAGUGGGAGUUUCUGGAGGUGUUCCCCAUUAUACAGAUUAUUACAAACAUGUUCGUCUUGGUGAUAUUGUUAUGUCACAGUGUAAUGACAAAGGAUAUGUGUACUAUCACUGUGACAAAAUAUUAAAAGAUAAAGAAGAUAACUUGGCGUAUAAACUUCGUACAUUUGCUCCUAGAGAUUUCACUCUUCAAAAUGUUGUUGAAAAACUGCGAGAUAGGGCUCAGAGAAAACCAGAUAAGGCACCUUGGGAAAAAUAUAUUUACGAAGGUUUAGAUCUUCUACGUAAUCAGGAGGCAGAUUUUAAUAGACCACCAAAAGAAAGCGAUAGGUUAUACAUGAACAUUGGAGAAGACGAUUUGAUAGAGGUACAACAUCCCUUAAAACCAGAAGAUGGAGAGAGCAUUAGAGAAGGCGUUCCCAAUGUUCAUUACGGUGUUAUUGGUUCUGGAAGACCAGUCACCAAAUAUGAUUCCACUAGACUUGACUUUGCUCAUAAAUAUAACAUCACCUGUUUUGAUGCAGAGUUUGAUCAAGUCUUAGAAUCCAUUGUUGGUAAUAGGAAGGAUAGUUUCCUGUUCAUCAGAGGCAUAGCAGAUUACAGCGAUGGAACAAGAAACAAAGAAUGGCAACCAUAUGCCUCACUCGUGGCAGCAGCGAUGAUGAAAACUAUUAUCAGAUUAAUUAGCAACCCAUACCUUAGUGAAGAUGAAGACUAAUUUACCAGACAAGAAUUUCUCAUUCUUCACUUUGUGUCAAUAUAAGACAUGCUUUUUGCUUUCUAAAAGUGCUCACCUUUAUCAAUCAUUUUGUUAGCUUCAAAGUGCAAUAACAUUUAUUUGUGUUUUCGUUUGAUGUGAAAUGCAGCAUAAAAAGAACUAAAUUUGUUUUUUUUGAUGAUUUAUCUUCUAAAUCAUUUUUUACUUUCUUAUAUUUUGUUCCUGGAAAUGAAAUGCAUUGUGUUUUUGUUGCAAACUAUAUGAGAGCAUGAAACCAGAAACCUUACUUAAAUGAUAUGCAAAUAUGUUUUCUGCUUUUAUGUGUUUUCUUCGUCCUUUUUUUUUUACAAGAAAAUGAAGCUUCAAUUGGUGCAAUUUUUGUUUCUGCCUUAUUUUCAUUCAUUGGUGCAGGAAAUUAGAAUUUUCAUAGAUAACAGAUAUUGAAAUUAAAUUUGGUCUUGAAAGAUGGUGUUCAUUGAUUUUUUUCUUUGUAAGAUUUACUCAUUAAAACCUCAUAUUAUUUAAAGAAAACAACAUUACGAGUUUGAACAGGUGUAGAGAUAUAAUAGGACAUCAAAAGUUCCUUAAAAUAAAACAAUUUACACCACUGCAAUCACAUUUUCAUUUUUUAUUUGUGAUUUUUCAUUUAAACAUGUAUAAAGUCCAUUUAGUCAAUAAAUCUUUAGAAAAUCAAAAUAUGUCUUUAAUGUGCAGUGUCAGUAAUAACAUAGAUUGAAAAUUACACCAUGUAAAAACAUGUCGUUUAAUCUGUAUUGACUUCCCAGUAGUAAUUUUGUGUAUUCAUAUCAUAUAGUCUACUUGUUAAAAGAUGCACUUGUUUAAAAAAAAUUGAAGUUUUAUUUGUGAAACAGUUUGUAUCUUAUAUCUUUUUAUUAUAGACUGAAGUUGUAUGGGGUUUUUUUGAGAGAGAAUAUAUGUUUAAGGAUUAUUGAUGAAUUCUCAGUUUUUUUUAAAUUUUUUUUAUCAUAUUGUACUUACAAGUUUUUGAGGAGCCAGUUUUUUUUCCCAACUCAGGAUGUUAACUAAAUUAUAUAGAGCUAGUCAGGUCAUUGGUAUCUUCAUUGGCAUAAACUCUCAUCAUCAAGAAAAAGUGUAUACAAAUUACUUAUUUAAUGUUAUAAAAAUUGUGUGUUUCAAUGACUGAUUUACAAACUUGAAGUGUUGAUAUAAUAUCUCUAUAAGACAGGUGGUUUGUUUUCUUACAAAUUUGAUCAGCAUCCAAUCUGGUAAUUUUGUAAGCACCCAGAAAGGAGGGAGGGAGGGCCUUUACAGUGAAAAAGUAAGUUAUUGAUGUUAAUGAGCAUAAUUUAUAGAUAUGAAAUUUACUAUUACUGUUUUUGAUACUGAAGAUUAAAAUUUAACAAAAGUUGUUUGUUUUUAAAAGUGAAUAGUUAAUACAAUUAUUAGAUUUGUGAAAUGAAAUUGUUGUUGAUUGUUGUCAACGCUAUUUAUAAAGCAAAUAUACAAACUUUCAUUACUGUAAAUUAGAAUCUCUCUGUGUGAUAGAAAUUAAUCAUGAAUGCUAAAUGAUGUAGCACAGAUUCUUGGUUUUGCUCUCAUAUAAAGUAGAUUAAUUUGAUUUUAGUUUGGCACAUGCAUAGAUUAAAUGUAGCUUUCCUGAAAUAUACAUAUAUAUGACAAAAAAGAGCUUUUAUUUAAAAUUGAUUAUUAAAAAGAAAAUUAUUGUGUUAUACAUUUAUUUGUUUCGUUUGCAUUUUUUGUUACAUUAUAAAUUAAAUUGAAUUGUAUAUUUUAUUUUUUGAGAAGUCUACUUAUUUAAUAGAAGAAAAAAAUCAGGAUGUAAAAAUGUUCAGUUUUGUUGAAAUUUUAUUUCAGUAUCAUUAAAUAUUUAGUUAAAUAUAAAUUCGAAGUAAAUUUUAUAUUAAAUUAAACUAUAAGUUUGGCUUAAAGAUGUUGAUUUGCCUAGUUAAGUUUACCAAGCAUAAAAAUUCUAUAAUCCUAGUUGUGAUGUAUAUAGUUUUGUUAUAUUUGUUUAUACAUUUAUCAUUCCACAUUUUAUCACAAUAUUUAUAUAUAUUAACAAAGUAGGUUAGUGAUGUCUAGUGAUUUUAUAUAUUUACAUAUUUAUUUAGGCAUUUAAAGGCAGAUUAGUUGUUUUUCGUUAAUUGAAAGUUGCAGCCAUUUGAUGAAAUAAUCUUUUGAUAUUUUUGCUAGUAUGUUUUUUUGAAAGAAAUAUUUCUGACUCAUUUUUUCAGAAAUUAUUGUUUGAAAUAUCUAUUAGUUUUUUUCUUUUGACAAAAAGUAAAAAUUACAUGUAUAAUGAGUUCACUUUAUUUUGAACCAAAAUAGAAAACAAAUAUUUGCAUUCUCAUUGCUUUUUAUAAUCAAAAGAACAAGAAAUGCAAUUUUUAUUUUUAUAAAUAUUGAACUCUUCCCCUCUUAGUCCACCUUAUUAUACCAGUUUAUUUAGGGCAAGUAUUUUUAUAGAAGUGUCGGCAUCACAGAUCAUAUCAUUGCGUCUCUGUGGUUAUUUUUGUUCUAUCUAGAAAAAACAAAUUUAAAGAUUAAAAAAAUAUUAUUCCAUACUACAUUUGUUUUAGUACAAUUUGAAACAAAGCUUCAAACAAGUCAUAAACUCUUGUAACUUGACAAUCUUUGGUAAUACCAUUCCAGUGAUAAAUACUUUAUGAGAACAGUGUUUUAUUUUAUUUUGUAAAAGACAAAAGAUUCAAAGUUUUAUCAAAAUUUUGUAUGUGAAAUUGUGACGUUUAAGGGUCUUCAAGUAAAAUAUCUUGUUUAUUCAAGAAUGUAUUAUUAAAUUAAAGAUGAUAAGAAUUUUCAUAGUUAAGAUAACUGUUUUGUGAAUACAUCUAACAUAUAUUUGUUUGUUAUACCUGCCAUUGUCAUUUACACUUUUUAAUAUGAUUAUUUCUAAUUUAUUAUUGGCUGUUGUGAAGGCAAACAAUUAUUUGAAUGUCUGUUGUGGACAAUUUUAAUCAAAUUUUGAUAUUUUUCAGGGUUGUUUAAGGGAAGUUGUAUAUUGUUUAUAUAUUAAUUGUUUGAUAUACAGUUUAUAUGAAAGCAUAAUUAUAGAAGUCUUAUUUUUUAGCUCACCUGGCCUAAAAGGCCAAGUGAGCUUUUCUCAUCACUUGGCGUCUGUGGUUGUCCUUUGUCGUCGUCCGUCGUCGUUGACUUUUACAAAAAUCUUCUCCUGAAACUACUUGACCAAAUUUAACCAAACUUGGCCACAAUCAUCAUUGGGGUAUCUAGUUUAAAAAAUGUGUCCAAUGACCCGGCCCGCCAACCAAGAUGGCCGCCAUCGCUUAAAAUAGAACAUAGGGGUAAAAUGUAGAUUUUGGCAUAUAUCUCUGAAACCAAAGCAUUUAGAGCAAAUCUGACGGGGUAAUAAGAUCUACAAAUAAGUCAACAUGACCAAAAUGUUCAAUUGACCCCCUUAAGGAGUUAUUGCCCUUUAUAGUGUUAUAAUGUGUCCAACCAACAUGGCUAAAAAUAGUACGUAGGAGUAAAAUGCAAGUUUUGUCUAUUAUUUUUUGAACCGUUGUAAAUAAAGAAAAUCUGAAAGGAGCAAAAAUGUUCAGAAAAAUGAGCUCUACCAAUUGUCCAUAUAUGUCAAAACUGUUAAACAAAUUCUUAUAGUUUAUUGCCCAUAAAUGACAAAUUUUACUAUUUUUUUCAAUUUUGCCUAUUAUCAUGAAAACUAUGAUAUUUAGAGAGAAACAUUUUUUUUCCGUUAUGCCUUUAAUGAUUUAAAUUGUAAUAGAUAAAUAAACACUUUAAAUCACAAAAAAUGAUCAGCAAGGCAAGAUCUAUUAAAAAGUCAAAUUUUGCCGAUAUAGUUAGUAGACUGUCACUCUUCAUAGGAGUGAUUGACCUUAAAUGAGGAUUUUUUUAACCCUCUUUUUGAGCAAAAACUAAAGAAGAUAGAGACUAAACAGACUAAAAGAUCAGUAAUACAAGAUCAACAAAAUAGAGAUUUUUGUCAUGAAGUCUAUUCUCUUCUACAAUGUUGGAGAGUGUCCUUUGUUUGAUAUGCACAUAGACCAAGGUGAGUGACACAGGCUCUUUAGAGCCUCUAGUUUUAUUUGUGGUUGUAUUGUUGAAAUUAAAGGUAUUAGAAAGUCUCAUGCCAUUAUUUUUUCAUGAAACAGUCUUUUUUAGACAAAAUGUAAUGAUCUUACUAAAAAUUCUGAAGUAUUAGAAUUGGAAGCAAUUUAUUUUUUUCUCAACAAAAAAAACCAGCUCAUUGUUUCAAAAUUCCAACAGUAUUUAUAUAAUUAAGACUUUCUAUGGCCUCAGUUGUUUUGCUUUAUCUAUAAACCUCCAAUAAAUUAUCUAAUGUUUGACAUAUACUAUUAUAGAUGAUUGGCAUUGUUUUAACCUUGAAAAUUUGCAGUUAAAUGUUUCAUUAUAACAAAAAGUGUCAAACUGUCUGAUGCAAUAUUUUGAUAGAAUAUUUUGCCAGGUGACUUUUGGAGUAUGCUGAUUAUGAUAUUUGGAGGCAUUUCAAUAAUACCAGAAAGUAUACAGUUGAAAAGAUUCUUACAAAUUUUUUCCAAAUGUUUUUAGUUGUUAUUUGAUAAUGAAAUAAAUCUGCUAUAUAUCUUA